AUGGAUGCUAUGCCUGGAUGCAGUAGUGUUAGUGGUAGGCCUAAAAGAUUGACGGUAGCACAAGCUACUCAAUUGUUUUUAGCUUUAGAAAGUUCUAGUGAUAGUGAUAGUGAAGAUGAUUCCACAUAUUUGCCAGAAAAUCAUGGUGUAGAUGAUAACAUUGUGAAGAAGAAAAGAGCUAGAUAUGAUGAUACUGUGGUUGACUCAGAUUCUGACAGUGAUAGUGGCAGUGAAGCUAACAAUGAUGGGACUGGUAUUAUUGCUACAAUUCCAGAACCAGAUGAUUUUAGACCUAGAACUAGUGGUAAUAAUGAUGGGUGGCAAUGGGAGAGGGUUGCUGACAAUUGUCCUGUCAGUACUGCCAAUACAUUUAGAAUGUCCCAGCCUUCUAAAAGUGGAGUCAAUUCUGAGUUAGAUUUGACAAGAGAUUCUACACCAUUUGAUGUUUUUACCAGGCUAGUAGAUGGUUGUAUCAUGACCUUUUUAGUUGAUAGCAUUAAUGAUUAUGCUAAAAUUGUGAUUCAAAAACACAAUCCUCCUACUGUCAGGUCCACUUUUAAUAAUUGGACAGACACAAAUGUUGCAGAAAUGUACAAGUUUCUCGCAGUUUUUAUUUCGAUAGGUCUACAAAACAAAAAGUCUGUCAGGGACUUUUGGUCUAAUAAAGACAUAUAUUAUCAGCCAUGGUUUAAUACCAUGUUUACAAGAGCUAGAUUUGAACUCUUGUUCUUUAGCAUGAUGCAUGUAGGUGAAGCGGUCUCGGUCGGUAAGGAUAAAGUUGAACCCUUCGUAAAGAUGAUGUGUUCAAAUUUUCAAAAGGCAUUUUAUCCUUUUGAGGAGGUUGCUAUUGAUGAGAUGGUGAUAGGAUUUAAAGGCAGGUUUGGACCAUUACAGUACAACCCUAGUAAGCCUGAAAAGCACCACAUAAAAAAUUAUGGCCUGUGUGAUAGCAGUACAGGUUAUGUAAUAAAUCUUAUUACUUAUUAUGGAAGUGACACUACUUACUCAGACUCAUCAAAGAGUAUUACCAGCCAUGCAGUCAAAAUAUUUGAUACCCUUCUACAACCACUUCAAAGUGGGCAUCAUAUUUUUGCUGAUAGAUAUUAUACAUCAACAGAUCUCUUGGAAUAUCUAACUCAGAAAAGAUUUUAUUAUACUGGGACAGUCAACUUGGCUAGGAAAAAUUUCCCUGCCGAGCUCAAGAAGCAAAAGCUGCGUCACAGAGAAACUCAAUUUUACAAGUCUGUGGGCAGUAUAGAUGCUCUUUGUGUGGCAUGGCAGGAUAAGAAAGCUAAAAAGCCUUGCAUUAUGGUGUCCACAAAAUCAACCAAUCGCAUCAUUAAUGUGCAACAGAAGCGCAGUGUUGUCGAGAAGCCAGAAAUGGUUCACGACUACAAUAUGAUGAUGAAUGGUUGCGACAGGGCAGACCAAAUGCUCUCUUAUUAUUCUGUGCAUUCUAGAAAAAGCAUGAAAUGGUGGAAGAAAGUCUUUUUCUGGAUAUUAGAAAUUGCACAGAUUAAUGCCCUCAUCAUUUAUAAUGCCACACAGGUUACAUGUGACCAGCCUUCAAAAAAGCUUUCUUUAAAAAAAUUUAAAGAAACUUUAAUUGAUGGUUUAGUUGAUGCUGCCACUGCACUGGGUGAUGUUCCCAGACAGGUGAAAGUGAAGACUGUUAAAGCUGACAGCAAAAUAGCACCUGGGCCUCAUCUUGUUCAUUAUGAAGAGAAUGAUCGCCCUUGUGUCUAUUGCAAGAGUCAAUCACAACGGAAGCGGACUAGAUUCUUUUGCUCGGGUUGCCCGUCGCAACCUCGGCUCUGUGUGAAACAUUGUUUUCGUCUAUACCAUGAGGAUCUGGCAAAAAUAUAG